UCUUGGGCCAGCUUUGCUGCCAAAGCCAGUGUGUUGUAUAGCUACGCCUCUAUUCACAUCUGCGUUCUGUCCUCUUUUUGUCACUUUGUCAUUGAUGGAGCCACUGCUCUCUGGUGUGCAGCAGGAGCUGGACACUUUGAAGUUGUCAAAUUGCUUGUUAGUCAUGGAGCCAAUGUGAAUCACACUACAGUGACCAAUUCGACUCCCCUGCGGGCUGCGUGUUUUGAUGGCAGACUGGACAUUGUUAAAUACCUGGUAGAAAACAAUGCCAACAUCAGCAUUGCCAACAAGUAUGACAACACUUGCCUUAUGAUUGCGGCUUACAAGGGCCACACGGACGUGGUGAGAUAUCUCCUCGAGCAGCACGCUGAUCCCAAUGCCAAAGCCCAUUGUGGUGCGACAGCGUUACACUUUGCAGCUGAAGCUGGCCAUCUGGAAAUAGCGAGGGAGCUGGUCAAGUGGAAGGCCGCGAUGAUGGUGAACGGCCAUGGGAUGACUCCCCUGAAAGUAGCUGCCGAGAGCUGCAAGGCGGAUGUCGUGGAGCUGCUGCUUGCUCACGCUGAUUGCGAUCGAAGAAGCAGGAUUGAAGCUUUGGAACUUCUGGGUGCCUCGUUUGCAAACGACAGAGAAAAUUAUGAUAUAAUGAAGACUUAUCACUAUUUAUAUUUAGCAAUGCUGGAGAGGUACAGAGACAGUGAGAAUAUAAUUGAAAAGGAAGUUCUUCCACAGAUUGAAGCUUAUGGAAACAGAACUGAAUGCAGAACUCCUCAGGAAUUAGAGUCUAUUAGGCAGGACAGAGAUGCCCUUCACAUGGAAGGCCUCAUUGUGCGUGAAAGAAUUCUGGGCUCGGACAAUAUUGAUGUGUCUCACCCCAUUAUUUACCGCGGGGCUGUUUAUGCAGAUAACAUGGAGUUUGAACAGUGUAUCAAGUUAUGGCUCCAUGCAUUGCAUUUAAGGCAAAAAGGCAAUAGGAAUACUCACAAGGAUCUCCUGAGGUUUGCUCAAGUGUUUUCUCAGAUGAUACACUUAAACGAGCCUGUUAAAGCCAAGGACAUCGAGAGUGUCCUGAGGUGCAGCGUCUUGGAAAUAGAACAAGGAAUGUCCAGGAUCAAAACCACCCAAGACACUGACAUCCACACAGCCAUGGACAACUAUGAAUGCAAUAUUUUCACCUUCCUGUACUUAGUCUGCAUCUCUACCAAGACCCAGUGCAGUGAAGAGGAUCAGUCGCGAAUCAACAAACAAAUUUAUAACCUGAUUCAUCUCGAUCCCAGGACUCGGGAUGGCUCUAGUUUGCUGCAUCAUGCUGUCAAUUCCAGUACGCCGGUGGACGACUUCCACACGAAUGAUGUCUGCAGCUUCCCCAACGCGCUCGUCACAAAACUCUUGCUAGACUGUGGGGCGGACGUGAAUGCGGUGGACAACGAAGGAAAUAGCCCGCUCCACAUCAUUGUCCAAUACCACAGGCCCAUCAGUGACUUCUUGACGUUGCAUUCCAUCAUCAUCAGCCUGGUGGAGGCUGGGGCGCAUACAGACAUGACAAAUAAGCAGAAGAAAACCCCUCUGGAUAAAAGUACAACAGGGGUGUCUGAAAUACUCCUUAAAACUCAAAUGAAGCUGAGUCUCAAGUGCCUGGCUGCCCGAGCAGUACGGAUCUAUAACAUCAGCUACCAAAACCAGAUCCCCAGAACUCUGGAAGAAUUUGUGAAGUUUCACUAGGCUACGUAAACUCUUUCGUGGUGGUGCUAUUCCGUGAGGACAUCAACUGCAGACAACAGAAUACAUAUAUAUACACAGAGAUUUGUUUUUCUCCAUUCU